AUAUUUAUCGAUGUGAUAUCGCGCGCAACUUUUCUAUUUUGCAGCCAACCAACACACUGAAAAAAUUGGUCGUGGGACAAAUGUAAUACUAGCGCAGCAGGCAGAGAAAAAGGACUCGGAUCCUCGAGUAGGUGGAACGGUUCGACGAUCCCACCAGAGAGCGCUGCGUCGGUUUGCGUGGAGAUACGACCCUUCGAACUCGAAGGCGGCUCGUUCAGUCGGUGUUUACCGGAUAGAUCGUGCGCGCUUCUACGCGACUGUGAUCCCGUCAGCGACGGGAGCUCGUGGAUCUUGUCGAAACAAAACCGAUCGAGGAUCGAUCGUCGAGUCGCGCGACGCAGUGCGAACCGGCGACGGAGUUUUCAGUCAUAAAAAAAGAUUUCGGUUUAUUAAAUAAAGAGAAAUAAAAACGUUUGAAGAAGAAAGUUUUGUUUAUAAAAAAAAAAUUGACGUUUUUCUCCCGCCAAGAUCGUUUUCGCGAACGUGAACCGGGCGAUAGUUCUGGUGAAAGCACGCGGCGAUCAUUUCGAUCGCCCCGCGGGACUUUCGCGCUGUUAGGCGCGGUAAUAAAAUGCGAGCCGCGGGCGUGCUCGCGCCGCUUCAGCGGAUUUCCGAACGUGAGACUCGCGAGUGAACGUUCCGCGAUCACGAGUGAUUUAGACCUCGAUCGACGGUCGAUGGCGAAAUCUUGAGGCAGAGAAUGGUGCGUUUAUCUGCGGGCGGGAUCUAUGACUCGGCGAGCGUAUGAGCGCGGGUGUACGCGGAUCUGUAUCCCGCGAAUUGCGCUCGAUCCCUGAUCCGCGCACGUGUUCGCUCACGUGUCGCCGCUCGCGCGGACCAUUUUUUCCCGCCGCAGGAUCGGCAAAUCGACGGAAGGAUCGUGACGGCCUCGAGAACACACCUGGGAAUAUCAACUACGGAACCUCCAAUGGGCACUCGGGUCUAAUCCUCAGAAAUAUUCGACCCGUUAACACACUUUAAUACGCCCUGAUUGGUAAGCCAUCGGAUUAUCAACCUCGUCACGUCGCAUCAAAUCCCCGGGUCUCAUAAGCUAUUCUCCAAAUCCGUGUAUCCUUCGACCUGCGCGUCGUAGAGGACGGAGCCCCUUACUCUCGGACGAAUUCUUUUCCCUCGAGUUGACGAAGAUGCUGCAUUGAUCGUGCCGAUCGCGAGUCCAACAAAGAUGACGUCCGAUCGCUCGAUCCGCUUGCUCCUCGUCGCCUGCAUCUUUCGCGCCUUCGCCCUCGGCAGGCAGCAAUUCCUUGAGAAGCCGCAGCUCUACCAGGAGGUGUCGACCGGCGACGAUGUGCGGCUGCGUUGCACCGUGCAGGACAAGGGCGGCCAGUGCAUCUGGCAGAAGGACCGGCGGCCGGUGGGCAUAUACCCGAAAAAGUACGAGUGGGCGAACAGCCGCGACAGCAGCGACUGCAGCCUCCUGAUAAGACGCGCCGAUCUGCACUUCGACGACGGCUUCUGGGAGUGCCAGGUCACCUCCAGCAACUUCACCGAACAGGACGCGCUCUCGUCCGAGCAGUCCAGGCUGCUCGUGAGGGUACCACCCAGAAAACCUCAACUGGAAUACGCGGGGGGCGCUCUGGGUGCCACCCUAACGCUGAAGGAGGGGCAGGAAGUAACGAUUUCCUGCGUUUCGAGAUACGGAAAUCCAGCCGCCGUCAUUAAGUGGUUCAUAGGGAACAGGGAGGUGGAAUCUUUCACGGCGCAGAGCAACGCAACGGAGGUGGAUAAUUGGAAGACCUGGGCGGCUCACAGCAUGCUACGGGUGCGUGGUAAGAGGGAGAAUCACGGUCUACUGAUCCGAUGUGUGACCAUACAUCCGACGAGCGUGCCACCGAUCAGCACAGAGACAACAUUGAACAUUCAAUAUUCACCGGAAGUGCGACUCGAGCCGAGUCCGCAGCCGCUCUCGGACGCUCCGGAGGACUCGGUGAGCUUCUUGAGCCUGAAGUGCCUGGCGGACGCUAAUCCAUCACCGAGUAUCAAGUGGUUCAAAGACUCGAUGCCGCUGUUAACCGACGCCGCGUCCUCGGCGUCGCUGCAGCUAAGCAAAACUACAUUGCUGAACGGCACCACGUGGAACACCGAGCUGCAAUUCAGGCCGAUCACCAGGCACGACGACGGCCUGUACUCGUGCAAGGCGACGAACAGCGUCGGUGAAAGCGCGCUCGCGAGUUACAGGCUUGAUGUGCAAUAUGCACCAAGAGUGAAGAACAGAAACACGUCCGUGGACGUAGAGGAAACGGCGCUGUUAGGCUCCUCCGCGGAUCCCUUCGAGUGCCUCGAGUACGACGCCAAUCCGCCCGCUCAGUACAGAUGGGUGCAUCUCCGCGGUAGCUUGAAGGAGAUGAUCGAGAACCGCGUGCAGAACAAAGGCAGCGGCCGGCGCUUAAACCUCAAGAACAUCAUGUGGUCCGACGAAGGGGAAUACAAUUGCAUCGCCUUCAACACGAUCAACGGUGUCAGGCGGGAGAACAACAGCAAUGGACGCUACGUGCUGCACGUGACUGGACCGCCGGAAAUCCAGGCUAGGCCGUUACCCGGCGACAGAGACUUCUACGACUCCGUAGGAUGGACCGGGGAGGCUGUGCACAGGCUCAAGUCUCGAUUCUGCUCGCGGCCGCCGCCGAAACUGGUCGCUUGGCAGUGGGGCAGUGUCCACAUUCGAGCCGGAGAGAACAUUCCUCCGAAGUACGAGGCCCUGCCGUUGGAGCCGAUCAUCGAGAACAAGAUGGUGACCAACUGUUACUGGGCCAAGCUGGACAUCAAGGAUCUGCGGAAGGAAGACGCUCGCAUGUACACUUUAUUGGUGGAGAGCGAGAAGGGCCGGGACUCGACGAACAUCAAACUGAUAGUGAGAGACCCGACGGAGAUGCGCGUGAUAGCCGCGGCCGUGGCGGUCGGUCUGCUGUUCUUGUUGCUCCUCAUCUCCAUCGGCGUGUACUCGCUGCUGAAGAUGCGACGUGGACGAUACCAGCAGAGGGUGGAGGAGGAGGGCAGCAUCGCGGCAGACGCGCUCUACGGAAACGGCGUGUCAGUGGACCAGCAGAAGACCAUCAGUUCAUCUCACGCGAAGACUUUCGCGAGGAAAUCCAGCUUAGACGGCGGUCAAGGCGUGUACGAUUAUAACCACUUCGUGAAGCAGACGCGUGCCAUGAGCCCGGAAGCGUUGAAGGUCAGAAGGGCGCCCGCGGUCCUACAGCCGCCCACCAUCGUGUAAAAUACACGGAUCUUCAUCUCUAUCGAAUUCCCUCCCUCAUCGUCGAAUCUUGUCUACUCCUCAAGCAAUAGAUUCUACCUUUGUUGUAGUCAUACCUCUUUCUAUUAAUUUACCAUUGAAAUGUUUUUACUUGCUCUCGAUUAUAUGUAUAAAAGUAGAGAUACUUUUUAAUUACUUUGACGUGAUGUGACGUGAUGACAAUGUGCACAUUUGUAUCAAAUGUUAUAGACUCAUAUUUACUAUAUAUCGAGAACACCCGAUA